AUGCAGCUCACCGCUAGUGCUAUCCUUGCCCUCCUCCCCGCCCUCUCUGCCUUCGUCGGGCAAGUCAACGGUGUCCCCACCAGGCUCGUCAAGCGGCAGGACGUUGUGUCCGUCCAUGGGACUAUCAAUGAGCCCGCCGAGUCUGCCGCCAUCGCACCCGGUGCGACGUUCGACUUCGACUUCGAGUCCGUCAACUACUGCGAGUCCGGCUACGAGCCCAUCACGGUCUACCUCUUCGAGAACGAGCCUGACGUCUCCGACAUGAACGCGGACGGCUCGUUCCCCGAGAGCGCCUACCUCUACGAGUUCGGCGAGUGGCUAAUUCCCAACUUCGGUCUGCCUGCCCAGCAGGACCCGCCGCCGCCGCCAUCCAACCUCAGUAUGCCUGACUUCUCGCAGGCCUCGACAAAUGCCGCAACAUACAGUGACGCCACAUUCUACCUCACUGUUGUCGAGACCUACCUUGAUUGCCCAGGCGACGUCGCGAAAGAGUUCGGUGUCACGACGAACUCUAUCGUCUACAACGCCACCACCGCGUAA